UUAGUAACGAGGUCCCAGACAACCCUGUUGUUUCUCCAACAUCAGGAAAUGUCUAUGAGAGACGUCUCAUAGAGAAAUAUGUAUUGGAGAAUGGUACAGACCCUAUGAAUGGGGAGAAACUCACAGUAGAAAUGCUUAUAGAUAUCAAAACCUCUCCCCUGGCCAAGCCUCGUCCCCCUUCAGCCACAAGUAUACCAGCCAUCCUCAAAUCUCUGCAGGAUGAAUGGGAUGCAGUUAUGUUACACAGCUUUACACUACGCCAGCAGCUCCAGACAGCUCGUCAAGAACUCAGUCACGCCCUCUACCAGCACGAUGCAGCCUGUCGUGUGAUUGCUCGUCUAACUAAGGAGGUGACAGCCGCCCGUGAGGCUUUGGCAACAUUGAAACCCCAAGCUGGGGUUGCUGCUCCGGCUGCCGCUCCCGCCUAUGGUGCUGAGGCCCCAGAAAGAGCUGAAGAGCCAAUGGAGGAGGCCGGCAUGACUGAUGACGUACUGCAGAAGCUUCAAGAUAAGGCCACGCUUCUCACUGCUGAGCGUAAGAAGAGAGGUAAAACAAUCCCAGAAGGCCUUGCUACAGUGGAAUCCAUCCGUUCAUACAGACAAAUGGCAUCACAUGUGGGUCUACACAGUGCCAGUGUGCCAGGUAUCCUAUCCAUGGACAUCAACAAGCGAGACACUUCAAGAAUUGUGACAGGAGGAAAUGACAAGAAUGCCGUUGUGUUCAACAAAGACACAGAGCAAGUUAUUGCCAUAUUGAAGGGCCAUACAAGGAAGGUCACAAACGUCAUAUAUCAUCCCAAUGAGGAGUUAGUAUUCACAGCAUCUCCAGACGCGACCAUAAGAGUAUGGGGAAUACAGACAGCCUCCUGUGCCCAGAUUGUUCGAGCUCACGAGUCUAGUGUAACAGGACUCAGUCUGCACGCCACUGGAGACUACCUUCUCAGCUCCUCUACCGAUUCUCAUUGGGCUUUCUCUGACAUUCGCACUGGACGCGUUCUCACUAAAGUAUCUGAUUCAUCCUCACAAAAUGCUCUCACUUGUGCGCAGUUUCAUCCUGAUGGUUUGAUCUUUGGAACGGGAACUGAAGAUUCCAUCAUCAAGAUUUGGGAUCUGAAAGAGCGAACAGAUGUGGCUAACUUCCCCGGACAUUCUGGACCAAUCACAAGCAUAGCUUUCUCAGAAAAUGGUUAUUACCUGGCAACAUCGGCUGAUGAUUCUGUUGUGAAACUCUGGGAUUUGAGGAAGUUGAAGAACUUCAAGACGAUUACCCUUGCAGACAGAUACGAGGUGAAGUCGCUGUGCUUUGACCAAAGUGGUACAUACUUGGCAGUGGCGGGAACAGAUGUUAGGACGUAUCUGUGUAAACAAUGGCAGGAGUUGAGCGUAUUUAAUGACCACACAGCGCAAGCCACGAGUGUUCAGUUUGGUCAGAACGCUCAGUUUAUUGCAUCAGCAAGUAUGGAUAGAUCCCUGAAAUUCUUUGGGAUGUAA